AUCAAGUAAUCAACUGAUUAUCUUAAUAAAGUGUCUCUUGAUUAAAUCAAAUUGUUAUUGUUGAAAAAACAGUUUCCAAUUAGUGGUUAGUUUAAGAUUAACCUUAAAUUGUCAAUUGUCAUGAAUUUAAAGGAUUUUGAAGGUUUAAAGUAUCUUUCAGGUUUAGGUAAUGAACUUUCAUCUGAAGAUCCAAGAUGCCCUGAGGCUUUACCCUACGGUCAAAAUAAUCCACAAAAAUGUAAUUAUGGUUUAUACGGUGAACAAUUAAGUGGAACUGCAUUCACUGUGUCUCGUGAACACAACCGACGAAGUUGGCUUUAUCGUAUUCGACCUUCGGUUGUCCAUCGUCCUUUCCGUCGAGUUCAAGAAACUGGAAUUUCCAAUGAUUGGUCAUCAUGCCAGGCGAAUCCAAAUCAACUAAGAUGGUCACCAUUCAAUGUACCCGAUGGUAAGGGUGUUGAUUUCAUCCAAGGGAUUAACACCCUUUCAGGAGCGGGUGACCCGAAGUGCCGAUCAGGUUUAGCAAUUUACAUCUAUGGAUGUGAUCGUCCAAUGGGAGAUAAAUGUUUCUACAAUUCAGACGGUGAUUUUUUAAUUGUUCCCGAGCGAGAAACACUUUACAUCACCAGCGAAUUUGGUAAAAUGGUUGUUGCUCCGUUGGAGAUUUGCUUGAUUCCGAUGGGCAUUAAAUUUAAGGUCGAUGUUACUUCAUCGGCCCGAGGGUACAUUCUCGAAGUGUUUAAUGGUCACUUUUCUCUUCCUCCAUUGGGUCCGAUUGGUGCUAAUGGUUUGGCAAACGCUCGUGAUUUCCUAAUACCAAGCGCUCAUUAUCAGGAUAUCGAUUCAAUCGGGUACAAAGUGAUCAAUAAAUUUCAAGGGUCACUUUUUGAAACGACUCAAGAUCAUUCACCGUUUGAUGUUGUCGCUUGGAGAGGUAAUUAUCAUCCAUCUAAAUAUGAUUUAACUCUGUUCACGGUAAUCAACACGGUUUCAUUUGAUCAUCCGGACCCUUCAAUUUUCACGGUGUUAACAUGCCCAUCAACUCAACCCGGUGUUGCCAUCGCUGAUUUUGUCAUAUUUCCUCCUCGUUGGGGUGUCGCUGAUAAAACCUUUCGACCUCCGUAUUACCACCGUAACUGUAUGAGUGAAUUCAUGGGACUAAUUAAGGGCAGUUACGAGGCCAAAGAGGAUGGAUUCCGUCCGGGUGGGGCUAGUCUCCAUAGCAUGAUGACCCCUCAUGGUCCUGAUCACGAUUGUUUCGAGAAAGCGUCCAAAGGUGACCUGAAACCAGUAAGAAUUGCCGAUGGAACCAUGGCUUUCAUGUUUGAAUCAUCCUUGAGUUUAGCGGUCACUCAAUGGGCACAAGCAGCACCCGAAUUGGAUCAGAAUUACUUCAAAUGUUGGCAACCAUUGGAAAAACACUUCACCGGAGCAAAGGAAACGUAAUUGAAUCCCUCCAUUGAUGAUAAGAUAUUAACCUGUUAGAGAUAUGAUUAAAUGUAACCGAAGAUUCUGGUGAUAAUUUCUAAUUAGAAUUACAUAAAUACCAUUUGAAGAAAUUUUA